CCCCCCCCGAGAACAUGGCUGAUUCGGGUUAAGGUGGUUUCCUUUGCUGGAGUUAGGUGGUGAAAUCAGGUGCUUUAGAGAACAUUUCCCGUCGUUCCGGGAAAUCCCUUCCCAUUUUUCUACUGUGUCCAGCCUCUGUUUCUAGGUGAAAGUGACGUACUGGACCAAAGAAUUUGUCAUUAUUUCUUAGUUGCAGUGGUUGCUUCAGUGGGGCACACAAGGCACCCCUCAGCCCGUUCGUCCUCAGACUGUUGGAACUUCAGGACGCUGUUGUACCGGUGCAGGCAAAGACUCAAAUAAGUGAACAGCAUUCAGUCACUGGGAGUGCCUCUUUGUCACCCCAGUUUUGCCAUCCUUAAAAAUAGUAAAAAUUCCUAACAAAAAUUGCGACCGAGCAGACCUCAUUUCUUGAACACCGGUGAUUCUAGUAGCUGAAAACACUUUGUGAUCUUUAGCUGCAUUGCAUGGAGAAAUAGGUGUUGUAGGGCUAUGCCUCGACACUGCCAUUUGUUCAGGCUGGACAACUUUAUCUAACUCCAGACAACAUAAAAAAAAAAAAACCUUUUAAAAAUAAUUUUUAUGGUCGUAUCAUGAAAUCUGUGGUAUGCUUCAUUGUAUUGUAAAGUAUUUAAGCCUGAUGAUUACCUGGAAGCGACUCUUCCAAUCUCAUUUUCCACUAGACUGUAAAAGGAAGUAUGUUUUCAAAAGCUAGAUUAACACAAUCAGCUGAAAUGCUAAUCUAAUGUCAGAAUUCAAAAUGUCCGAUUACAGUACAUUUACUGUACUUCUAUUAUUUCUGUUUCAGUUUCACUGUUGUAUUAAAACAAUUAAGGAGGCUUAUUAAUUUUUUGAACUAUUUAGCAAUGAUUAGCUAUUGGAAAGACUUUCAACUCUUUUUGAAGUACCAGUGGUUAUAGAAGGCACCCUCCAAACUAACUUUUUCUUUCCCCAUUCAAAGACCAGUCUGCAUAUUGUUGGCCAUACAGUAAGCUUUUGCCUUGUGAAGAUGUGUCAUUUCUAGCUGUGGAAGAACACUGGAAAGUGACGUUUUGUCGGCUGCAUGAUUUGUUGCAAGGAUUACUACUUUUUUUAUUUCUUUUCCUCGGUGAGAAUGGCAAGGAUUCGGAUUCCUAGCACAAUCGUUAUACUUUUUGUUACAGUUCAGACUGGAUUCUUACUCUUCAUGUAUGCCCGGUACAGUAACUUCAUGCCUCAGUCUGAGGAGAAACCAUCUCAAGUCCACGUCCUCAUUCUCUCCUCCUGGCGGUCGGGAUCUUCUUUUGUCGGUCAACUUUUCAGCCAGCACCCCAGCGUCUUCUACCUGAUGGAGCCCGCGUGGCAUGUGUGGGUUACGAUGUACCAGAACAGUGCCAAGGUCUUGCACAUGGCAGUGCGGGACCUAGUCAGGUCGGUCUUUCUGUGUGACAUGUCUGUAUUUGAUGCUUACAUGCCUUGGAAAAGAAACUUAUCUGAUCUUUUCCAGUGGGCAGUGAGUCGGGCUCUGUGUUCAGCUCCUGCUUGUGACUCCUUUCAACGUACUGAUAUAACCAGUGAAAUGGCAUGCAAGACUCUUUGUGGACGGUACCCAUUCAGCAAGGUGGAGGAAGCCUGUAAGACUUACAGCCAUGUUGUCAUCAAGGAGGUUCGAUUCUUUGACUUGAAGGUCCUCUACCCCCUUCUCACUGAUCCAUCCCUGAAUCUCAAAAUCAUUCACUUGGUCCGUGACCCCAGGGCAGUCGUCAAGUCACGGGAACAAUCGGUCAAAGCAUUAGCCCGUGACAAUGGAAUUGUUUUGAGUACCAAUGGCACUAAAGUGGAAGACAGCAAAUACAAAGUAAUGCAAGAGAUUUGUAGAAGUCAUGUUCAGAUUUAUGAAACGGCUACUCUAAAACCACCUAAUUUCCUUAAAGAUCGCUAUUUAAUGAUCCGUUUUGAAGAUCUGGUCAGAGAUCCAUUAUCAGAAAUCUCAGAAAUGUAUAAAUUUGCAGAUCUUAGUUUGACCCCCAUGCUCAAAAGCUGGAUCUAUAAUAUCACACAUGGACAGGGACCAGGAAAAAAAAAAGAAGCCUUCAGAAUCACAUCUCGAGAUGCAGUUAGUGUUUCACAGGCCUGGAGAAAUGUUCUUUCCUUCCAGAAAAUUAAGAAAAUACAGGAAGUUUGCAAAGGUGCUAUAAAUAUGCUUGGCUAUCAGCUGGUGGAUUCAGAAAAAGAACAGAGAGAUCUGUCAUUGGAUUUAGUAUUGCCAAGACGACAAAAUCAAUUCAGUUGGUCAUCAUUUAAUCCAAAGCACUGAGACAUCAUUACUGAGAGAUCCUGGGGGUGGGGGGGUUGUGUAGAUGGCUGAGUAUUUGUCUACUGUGCGGCAUAUAGGUAAUUUGAAAAUCCUUGGCUGAUAAGUUUAAUUAUCUUCCUGUCUGCUGUUUUUCUGUAAAGGAAGGAGGUUUUUUUCUGAGUUUCUUACACCGCAAAACCAAAAAAAAUACAUUGGAAAUGCCGUGAGAUACUUGUCAGAUUGCAAAUUUACAGUUGAGCUGCGCUGUUCUCAGCAUUGUUUUAAAAAUAUAAUUUAAGUACUUUCUAUUAAAAGAUGAAUUGUCAAAAA